AUGGUGACGGUGGCAGGUCAGCUGUGUUCUCCUUGGGCCCUGGAUCCUCGGAAGAGAGAGGACCGAUUGAAGAGUGGGGCUGCGGUCAAAGGGCGGACCCCUUCCCUGGCCGUGGGAGAGGGGGAGUUGACGUCUGGCGCCUGGACUCAGGCUGAUGCUGUUUCUCUGCGCGAGCUCUCCCGACAAGAGCGCGCCUUCCAAAGCCUGGAGCGAGAGAGCGCGCAGGCGAAAGGCAGGCUCUCAGAGGAGCUGCGGCGGGUCAGGGCCGCUCUGGGCGCCCUGCAGGAGCAGCUGGAGGAGGUCUCAUCAGGAAAGCAGCAGGUAGAAAAGAAACUGGAAGGAUGUAAGCAACGUUGCGGCCGAACCAAACAGGCGUUGCAGGCGAGUCAGACCAGGAAAGAGGAGCUGAGGAGGAGCAGUGAGGAAAUGAAGAAGGAAAUAAGGUUCCUCAAGAGACAGUCUGCCCAGAGAGCCAGAGAAGUGUGCCACCUGCAGGAAGAACUGCAGAAGAGCAAGCGGGGUUUGAGUGAGAGCCAGAAUGUUGCCAAGGAAAUGAGGGGUAAGUGAAAGGGGGUGUUUUGCAGGGAUUUCCU